UGGCUACUGAAGCUGUCCGUUUUGACGUAAUGUUUUGAGCAAGCGCAGAAAUUCCUUCGGACUGGGCUGUGCAGUGGAGACCCGGAGCUACCCGAUCGGUCCGAGAUGGCAGAGGUGGAGGAGACACUGAAGCGACUUCAGAGCCAGAAAGGAGUGCAGGGAAUCAUCGUGGUGAACACGGAAGGCAUCCCCAUCAAGAGCACCAUGGACAACCCCACCACCACCCAGUACGCCAACCUCAUGCACAACUUCAUCUUGAAGGCCCGGAGCACCGUGCGUGAAAUUGACCCCCAGAAUGACCUCACCUUCCUUCGAAUUCGCUCCAAGAAAAAUGAAAUUAUGGUUGCCCCAGAUAAAGACUAUUUCCUGAUUGUGAUUCAGAAUCCAACUGAAUAAGCCACUCUCUCGUGCUCCACGCAUCAUUCCUCCAUUCAGUGUCCCCAAGGAUAAUAGUGUUAAUCAUGUCGACUGACUGGCAGGUAGAAAUCACCUGAGAGCCCAUGCAGACCAAUCAAGUGACCACGGUGGGCUGCAGCUCCACCCCAUCCCACCAGAGUCAUCCCCUGCUGGCCGGCCCCCCCUGAGUUCCCAGGAGGGCCCUCUUGCCUCAAGUCCAGGUUUUGCAGCAAGAGCUUGUGAGAGGCCCACACCCCACUUCCUUCUAACCUUCAGUCCACUUUGUUGCCCUCGGAAAAGGCUGUUUUUCUUUGACUAAAAAUAACUGAAACUGGCCCCGCUGUGUAUCUUUAUAAACACUGGGUUGAAAGGGCCUCACUCCCCCGUGUCAUCCCGUGGUCUGAGGGCUGAGCCGGGUGCCGCCUCCAGCCUCGCUGCAGACGGGUCCUCGGCCUGGGAGGCCUGCUCCUCACUGCCCCCGUGGCCGCACUCACGCUCUGAGCCCGGUUUAUCGUUGGCACCCAGAUUUCUGGGUCUUGGGGUGAAAGAUGUUUUCUCUUACACUGCCUUGGGAAAGGACAGGAGUGAUACGUGUUGAGUGCCCAGAAUGUACCUGGUGUGUUAUGUGCCAUGGCUCAUACCAUCCUCAUGGAACCCUACGGAAGGUGUCAGAGCCAUCCUAAAAGGGGGGAAGUUGGGUCUAGGAAGGACUUGCCUGAGGUCUCACACCUGGGAGCACAGGCCUGCGGCUCCAGGCGUUCAGCUCUUUCUGCUCUACCUUCCCAGGAGAUCCUGGACGGUCCCACUCACCUGAGGGAGCUCAUCCUGGGUGCAUAUCCGCCUUCCCUUGGGUUCGUGCGUGGGGGUCCCAGGAGCUGCCCGCUGCUCUGGGAGGCUGUAGGCCACCCACCAUUCAGCAGCGCUCUGGGAUUUUCCUCCAGAAAUCAUGUGUUUAUUUUUUCAUUAGGGGCUUUUUGUUGUUGAUUUUUUGCCUUUUGCUUCUUCUUACAGAGGGAAAAGGUAUCUUGAAAUCCCUCUUCACUGUCCUCUCCCCAUAAGGAACCUUGUCUACAGUGUGAGUUCUUCCCUCUAGCAAAAUACUUUAAUAAAUUUUCCAGUGAAGUCUCCUGAAACAGUAUCAGAGAAGUAAAACAUGUACCCUUAGGAGCCUAGGGGUGUAUCGGGUUGGCCAAAAAGUCCAUAUGGUUUUUU